AUGAUGGACAGCCGCAUCCUGGAGCAUCCCCAUGCCCAGUUCGGGGGCAUGGUGGGCUUCCCUUACCCUCUCGGCCACCACCACGUCUACGAGCUGGCCGGCCACCAGCUCCAGUCGGCGGCCGCUUCCGUGCCCUUCUCCAUCGAUGGAUUACUGAGCGGCUCCUGCGCGGCCUCCGUGGUCACCCCCGCUCCUCUCAUCCCCUCGGGCUGCGGGGUGAGCGCGGACACGCAGCCCUUCAAGCUCGCAGACUCUGGUGACCCGGACAAAGAAAGUCCUGGCUGUAAGAGGAGACGAACCCGCACCAAUUUUACCGGCUGGCAGCUCGAGGAGCUGGAAAAGGCGUUUAAUGAGAGCCAUUACCCGGACGUGUUUAUGCGAGAGGCUCUGGCUCUCAGGCUGGACUUGGUGGAGUCCAGAGUGCAGGUCUGGUUCCAAAACCGCCGGGCCAAAUGGAGAAAGAAAGAGAACACGAAGAAAGGCCCGGGGCGGCCGGCUCACAACUCGCACCCUACGACGUGCAGCGGGGAACCCAUGGACCCCGAGGAGAUCGCCCGCAAAGAGUUGGAGAAGAUGGAGAAGAAGAAACGCAAACACGAGAAAAAGCUUCUCAAAAGCCAAAGCCGCCACCUCCACUCGCCCAGCGGCCUCUCCCUGCACAGCACGCCCAGCUCGGACAGCGACAGCGGCGGCGGGGGGGGCCUCUCGCCCGCCCCACCCGAGGCGAAGCCCCGCGGGCAGCCCCCGCCGCCCCACCCGCCGCCUCCCGCCGCCGCCGCCUCCUCCGAGCCGCCCCCCAGCAGCUGCGACCAAACGGCAGAGCCCUUCUACCCCAGCCAAAGAAGCGGGGCCGGCCGGCUCCAGCGCCCGCCCGACAAGGACUGCGCGGCCGCUCCGUCGGGGGACGGCAGCGGCGGAGCGGGGGGGCCCCGGGGAGCCGGCAGCUUCCACAAGCUCAACCCCUUCAGCGUGGAGAGCCUGCUCUCCGAUUCGCCCCCCCGCCGCAAGGCCGCCCUGGACUUCCCCAGCCUCCAGCCCUGCGCUCCCCGCACCCUCAUCGGCAAAGGACACUUCUUGCUCUACCCCAUCACCCAACCCCUGGGCUUCAUCGUGCCGCAGACCGCCCUCAAGGCCAGCCCGGGCCCCGAGGCUGGGCAGCCCCCCCGGGACUCCCCGCUGCCCGCCGCCAACCCGGGCCCCCCCGCUUUCGGCUCCGAACCGGCGCCCGCCGGCGCUCAGCCCGGCCCCAGCUCCACGGACACUGCCGCUGGCCCCGCGCCGCCCCCUCCCGCCGGAGCCUCUCCCCGUUCCGCGGCCGCGCACGGUGAUCCGGCGGCGGCGGCUCCCGCGGAGGGCGGCUCCUUCCCACGGCCCAAAUCGCCGGUUCGGGCCCGGGACGGGAGCGCGACACCCAGGGAUAAAUCGGACUGCGGCCCUACGGAGGGGGGCCUCGACGGCGAGGAGGUGGACAUGGACUGA